ACAUCCUGUCAAACAUCCUAUCCCAUCAUGCACUGCGUGGAAUCAUGGAUCAAAUUGAUAUCGAUUUGCAAGGUACAGAUGGCUCAGGGUCCUUAGGAGGUCCUGAUGUCCGUAGACAGAUCCCAAUAAAGUUGCUGUCCAAGCAAGCUGUGAGAAGCAAACCCCCUGUCCGGCCUCAGCGAUCCACAAGCAGAUUGCUCCCAAAAGGAGAUGAAGAGGGCUUUAGCUACAAGCAAGAAGAGAGAUUUGAGUGCAAGUCAGGGGAUGCAUUUGGCAGCCAGCGCAGAUUCCCUCAUCCCCUAUUCUGGGACUAUAAACUCCAUCUGGUGGGAGAGAAGGAUGAUACACCUAUUCAUUGCUGUGACAAGUGUGGGCUGCCCAUAAAAAUCUAUGGUCGUAUGAUUCCCUGCAAGCAUGUAUUCUGCUACGAAUGUGCUGUGCUUUAUGAGAAGAAGAAUGACAAGAUGUGUCCAGGUUUGACCCUGUACAGCUGCACCGACCCAGUCCAGCGCAUCGAGCAGUGUCUGCGUGGGUCUCUGUACAUGUGCAGUGUGGUGCAGGGAUGCAAGCGCACCUACCUGUCCCAGCGAGACCUGCAGGCCCACAUCAACCACCGCCACGUGAGGGCAGCCAAGCCGUGCAGCUCCCGAGGCGAGCCUCCGCACGCGCCACUGGCUGCCGACCCUCCGGACCGAUUCCGCCUGCCCCCGCCCCCGCACCUGCCCAAGCCACACCCCUUGAUCCCGCCUCCGCUGCAGGGCCACGAGUCCUACGGCCAGCCUACAGCUGCGCCCCCCUCCCUCUCCCCCUCGCCCACAGACCUGGCGGCAGCCUCGCGGGCUCUCGCACAGGAGACCUUCCGGAUUGCCGCGAUGUCCACGCGCAAGCACAGUAACCUCAUCACGGUGCCCAUCCAGGACGACUCCGCCAGUGUGCCCGCUCCGACGCGUGACGGUCUCCCCCAGACGCCCCCCGGACUGCCCCUGGCUCACCACCAUCCGGCCGAGUACCCGGCGCAGCCUGUCGUGUCCCACCCUCACCACAUGAUGGCGCCGCCGCAGCAGCAGCAUUACGGACCUCCGCCGCCACCCCCGCCUCUCAGCCACCCCAUGCAGCAUCCGCCCCGUCAGAGCUCUGGGACGCCGCACCUGGUGUACAACCAGGCCCCACCCAUGUCCUCUGGACCUCUACCCAUCACCCCACCCCCAGGACACAUCAUUAGUCAGUUGCCCCCCUAUAUGAACCACCCCCCACCCGGGGCUUUACCACAGCAUGGAGGGCCUGUCAGUGCCCCACCACCUCACCACUACAACCCCAGCUCUAUGCAGCAGGACCAGGGCACCCUAAGUCCACCCUUUACCCAGCCUGGAGGGCUCAGCCCAGGGCUAUGGCCGGCUCCCAGGGGCCCGCACCCUCCCCACAUGCAGGGCCCUCCUCCCCAAGCCCAGAUCCCUGGACCUCAUCAUCCUGAUCAAUCACGAUACAGACCAUAUUAUCAAUAGCCUCGCGCCCCUGUCUGGCCACCUCUAAUUGACUUGGUGUGAUAUGCUUGUGCUUGUGCAUGUGUGUGUGUGUGUGUGUGUGUGUGAGAAAGAGAGACUAUGGGUGUUAAUAAUGCACUAGAGGGAAAGUUAUGUAUCAAUAAAGGUCUUGGUGAUGAUGGAUUUCGCUAGACUUCCUGCCUCUAUGAUGGUAUUUCAUACUACAUGAUACUCAUGCUGAAACAUUCACUUAAUGUUGAAGUGUUCACAGCUAUACUUUGCCAGCUAGACAGCUAGACUUCAGUGAAUGUAUUGUUUCCUUGGCAAUAAAUUUUAAGUUGUA